AGGUCAUGAGGACUUCGAUAAACUCAAUGUUCAUUUUCUUGGUGCUACAAUUCAAUUGUUAAUUUUGUUGACAUUUAUUUGAUUAUAUUUUGAUUACAAUUAACUAAAUAAAACUGUUUCUUAAUGAGUUAGAACUUAAUUUUUACAGCGAUUUGAAUUUUAUUUAUUUACUUUGUAUUUACGUCCCUUAAUUGUUUCAACUUUUGUUUUGUUUAGAAACGAAAUUCAUUUUAAUUCAUGAUUCUGACUAAUGUGUAACAUUUAUUAACCAGAAUUACCAUGACAAAGACAAUUCAUGAUCAUUGAACUAUGAAGUUUAGUUCAUUGCAUUACCUUCAUAAUUUAAUAGACCUCAAUGUCUACCUAAUAGCAAAGUGAUUUCAAUUGUUUGUACCGAGAAAAUUUCAAUCGUGUUGAUCAAUUUGUUUAUGGAUUACAAUUUAAAAUGAUCAACAAUGAGCGAUCAACUUAAUGGUGUUAACAAUCAUGCCAAUAGUAAUAAUCAACUUAAUAGUGAAAGUGUCAAAAAAAAUGGACAGGAUUGUCAAGAUAAUCCAGAAAUAAUUGAAUUUUUUGAUUGUUGCCACAAAUCAUUACAAUCACGAUUAGUAGAUUUAAUUAAAGGGAAAUCAUUGCUCGAUCUGAUCAAUGGACGUGAUCGAAAUGGUCGCUCAUUGCUACACUAUUGUGCGGAAUGUACCGGAAUCUUUUGCGCUCAAUUAUUGAUUCAAUCUCGACCUCACUCGAUAAUCAAUCAGGACAACGACGGCUACACGAUCCUCCAUUUAGCUGUUAUCAACGGGAACACAUCAAUGGUCACUUAUUUAACAUCGUCAGUAAAAUCGCUGAUCCCGUCUGACCAAUUGUUCACUCAGUUCCUGAACGCGGGUGAUACUGAGGGACACACCGCUUUCCAUUGGGCUACCGUUUGCAACGAACUAUCUUGUCUCGAUAUAUUAUACUCAUCGGGUGCCUCAGCUUCCCUUCCGGAUAUUUAUGGUGCUCAUCCUGUUCAUUAUGCCGCCCAAAUGACCGCUCCGUCCAAUAGUAUAAACAAAGAUGUAAGAAUCGGAUUAAAAGUGUUGCGAAAAAUAUUAGCUUAUCAAAAAGUUGAUCCAAAUUGUCGGGAUAAAGAUGGACGAACGCCACUUCUUUGGGCUGCGAGUUCAGGUUCAAGCGAAGCGAUUAUGAUGCUGGUCAAUUCCGGUGCCGAUGUUUCAUCUUGUGAUAAAGAUGGAUUAACAGCCCUUCAUUGUGCGUCAAGUCGAGGUCAUGUCGAAUCGGCCGAAGCUCUUAUAAAUAUGUGUGGUGCUCAGAUCGAUGCAACUGAUUCGAUUGGAUGUUCACCUUUAUACUACGCUGUGACCUUGGGUCAUGCCGAUUGUACCCAAUUACUACUAGUGUCUGGAUCUGAGCCUAAUCGACAAGAUCUUAAAGGACGAACGGCUGCUCAUUGUGGUGCUGCCAAAGGGCAGUUCGAGACAAUCAAGAUUCUCGCCUCGCAUGGAGCAAACCUUUGGUACAGAAAUGCCAGGGGCGAUUUACCUUUACACGAAGCAAUCAAAUCUGGUCGCAAAGAAUUGGUUCGAUGGCUUCUUCAACAACUUCCAAGUGCCGUGAAUACAACGAAUACAAUUGGACGGAGUCCACUUCACAUCGCAGCGACAGACAACAAUGUUGAAAUGUGUAAAGUGUUAAUUGAUUGUGGUUCGGAAAUUAAUCCAUUAAUGAAAUCAAAAGGGAAUUUAAUGACUCCACUUGAUUGCGCUCUACAAAAAAAUUAUCGAAGUUGUGCCAAAUUCCUAUUACUUCAUGGAGCUCUUCCAGCAUCAAGAUUAGAUUUAAAUUCAAGGUCAUUGCAUCAAAAGCGUUUAUCAUCUCAAAGUCCUGGCAAAGGUUAUAUCUCACCCAAAGUUUAUUCUAAUUCUUCGAAAUCUCAUUCAGCUUCUCGAGAUAAUUGUUACUCAAACAUUAAUUCUAAUUCUGAGUCUGGUCAGAAAAUAACAAACAUGGAAACAAUUGAAUCUCAUCAUGAUGAUGGGAAAACUCGCACAUCAAUUUCCAAACGAAAAGUAGCAAUUUACCGUAACAACGGCUCGUCACCCGAUUAUUCAUAUUCAGCCUCUCGAUCAAUGAGCUCAGGAUUCCAAUCACAAUCGAUUAUAACAAAUGUCUAUGUGAAUACAGUUUCGAAACACAAAAUAGCUCCUCUGAAACGAGUCAAAAGAAGGACAAAAUUAAGCACAACCGAUUCAUCUCAAUCAUCAUCGUUGUUAAAUGAUAAUCAAUCUCAAAGUUUUGUAAGUGAUAGAGAAAGUGAUACACAAUUAGCAACUAAGAAAAAAGGAUUAACCAGUUUAAGUGACACAAUUAAAAGUAGUAACAGUAACCAGAGCAAAAUUAAAUCACGAGGGAUAAUUGAAAGUGGGGAAAGCUCAAAAAAUCGCAGUCGCAGUAAAUUAAAAAGCUCAUCGCGAAGCAGAGACGGUGCUGAUGACCGAGAACAAUUGACAAGUCGGUCACUUGAUCGCGGGACAUUGAAACCAGGGCAGAUCAACAAUAAACGCUCAUUAAUUGGUAAAUCUAUUGUUAAACAUCCGCAUGCAAGUGACGUUGAUUUAUCAGUUGUGGUGACAGAACAAGUUAUUAAUGGAGAUGAAGAUAAUUAUAACGGUGAGAAAAUAAUUGGAACUAAUAAUGUCAAGGAUAAACUCGGAGAGGAAAAUGAAUCAGAUGAAAGUAUCAACAACCAUAAUGAAGAUUUUGAUGGAAAUAAUAAAGAGAUUCAUGGAAAUUCAUCUGAAACUGAAUAUUCUGAAGAUUCUUUUGUUGAUCAUAACCAAGAUACGACUGAAUCAGCAACUGGUUCAUUGGCUUCAAUCGCUUCUAUUGUGAGUCAUGAAAUACCAAUAAUUGGUUCUGAUGAUUCGUCAGCUGAUAACUUAAUCGACGAUCAAAAUAACCCACCAAACACUCAAGACUCCGUGGAAAAUGAAAGUUAUCAUGUUAAAAAUGACGAUCUCUCUCAAUCUAAUGAGGAAAAGGAUUCUCGACAAAAUGACCACCAAUCUAAUCGUCUUCAUUUGAGUGACAAGCAUUUGAUUGGAGAGAGAAGAUCGAGCAAAUCGAGUGAUAAUUGUAAAGAGGAUUCGAAAUGUGAUCUAAAGCUACACUCAGAGUCUCGGUGCUCUCAUCAUCUCCACCAUCGACUAGCACCAACAUCGGGACCCAUUGAUCUAUCCCAUGUGACUGCAAAGGUCGAUACUCGAGGCUUAGAUUUGGCUCGACGACCUCAAUCAGAAGCGAAACCAACGAAGGACCAAAUUAGAGUAGAAAACAAUGAAAUGAUGGCCAAAGUUGAACGAAGUCUACGAAAGUAUCAAUUGGAGAGGAAAAUAUUCCAAGAACUUCAAGAUCUAAAGCGAUGUCAGAUUCGAAGUGGCCGAAAUAACGAACCAGUUCUGGUGAAAAGAUUAGUUGAAAAGUUCAGAAAAGAAGUCAAAUCUCCUGGAAUGUUAGAUUUCAAUGAUUCGUAUUCGUAUCGAUCGUACGAACGAUUUCUUUAUGAUCAAUUGAGGAAACUCUCAUCUUCUAAUCAAGGGAAGGUUUUACCAAUAAUCAAGUCUGUCAGUGAUGAAAAUUUGGCUCUACAAUUUAUGAAGACUCAUAGUGAUCAUAAUUCACAAUUUGGUGACAACUAUUCAAGAAAAAAUAACCAUAAUAAUAACCAAAAUCAUGGUAAUUAUCAUGGUAAUUAUAAUCAGCUCAAUCGGAUACAUCAUCCUAAUCCUGGUUUGGGUCAAAAAAGUGUCUCUGCAAUGUCAACAUUUGGACAAUCAAAGUUAAAAAAAGAUCUACACUCAAGUUUUAAUUACAACAAUCAGCAACAAUCAAAAAAGUCUCAUCACCUUAAUGAAAAAGAAGUGAUCAAAAAGAAAAGUGAAAACGGAGGAUCUAAUAUUAGUUCUAGUAAAUUAAUGCCCAUUAACAAUGAUGUUAACAGUAGUAACAACAACAAUACAAUCAACUUAAAAAAUUUAUCGUCAACAAUUAAAAGUGAAGAGAAGACAAUUAAAAAGGUAGAUAAUCAAUUGUCACUGGUGAAAGAAAGUAUUAAUAAAUCAAUAGCUUCUGAGUUGAAGCAAUUCAAUGGAUCAAGUGGGAGAAAAUCAAUCAAAGAACCAAAUUCCAGGUCAAGUCAUGUAUCAACGACCAGCGAUCAAUCAAUGGGAAGGAUUGAAUAUAAUAAUCGAAAGCCUAGUGAAACCAAUCCUUUAAUUGUGAUCGAUUCUUUGGAAAAUUCUUCGAACGUUAGCAAGACGAUUAAUAAUCGCAAGGAUGUAACCAAAGACGCGAAAUCAAACGGAAAAGGAUCUGGAAAAGGUCAAUCAGUUGAUCAAAGUGAUAAGAUGAAGAAGAUUAUCAACAGGGGAUCAUCUUCAAAGUCAACGAUUAAGGAGAUAAGACGAACAACAGCUAAACACGAACAAUACAAAAGUUUAAGGGGAAGUCAUCGUCGAAUUUGCCUGAAAAGUUCUGACAUCAAAUCGAAGCCUUAUGUCGAGGCAGCUGUUAAUAGACCGAAGUUUAAACGAUGUAAAUCGUCGAUUCCAAAUCGAUUCAAGGUAAAUGUGCCAUUGGAACAGAUUGAGAAACGUUGGAAAAUGAUAAAAGAAAAUGAAAGACGAAAAUCAGCUGAACAAGAAAAAAAGUCGAAAAAGGAACUAAAAGAACCGCAAGUAGAUGAGAAUCUCGAUAAAGAAUCAGAUGAAACGGAUGAACAAUUGGAAUUCAAAUUACUUUAUGAGAUCAACAGGUCGAGCAGAAAUGAUUCAAAUGAUGAAUAUGAUUAUUAUAAUGACGAAGAUGAUGAAGUGAAUCAAUACCCUGUUCAUUCAAGAUCUGAAGUGAGAACCGAUUACUCUGAACAUGGAUCAGAAUAUGAAGACGAGGAGGAAGACAGUGAUUACCAUGAUGGACACCAUUUCAAUCACUAUUUAAAGAGAACUCACUCUGAACCCGCUUUGAUUCCUCGCGAUUUGAAGGUUUAAUUGUUUUUCAUUUUUUUUUCGAAAACAAAAAGUUGUAAAAAGUAAUUGUGAUCAUGUUAUUCGUUGGAUUUUUUUGAUAAUUUUCUUGAACGAAAUGGAACCGAUUUAUCUGUUGUAAUUAAGUGUUAAAUAAAGGACGUUUAUUUCUUACAGUUA